AUCAAGCACCUAGGCAUGCAGACUGCUUCUACAAACAUUUGUAAAAGAAUGGGUCGCUCUCAGGAGCUCAGUAAAUUCAAGUGUGGUCCCGUGAUACAUUGCCACUUGUGCAAUAAGUCCAUCCGUGACAUUUCCUAGCUACUAAAUAUUCCACGCUCAACUGUUAGGGGUAUUAUAACAAAGUGGAAGCAACUGGGAACAACAGCAACUCAGACAUGAAGUGGUAGGCCACAUAAAAUGACAGAGCGGGGUCAGCGCAUGCUGAAGCGCACAAUGCACAGAAGUCGCCAACUGUCUGCAGAGUCAAUAGCUAAAGACCUUCAAACUUCAUGUGGCCUUCAGAUUAGCACAACAACAGUGCGUAGAGAGCUUCAUGGAAUGGGUUUGCAUGGCCCAGCAGCCGUUUCCAAGCCUUACAUCACAAAGUGCAAUGAAAGGCAUCAGAUGCAGUGGUAUAAAGGACUCUAAAGCAGUGGAGACGAGAACGGUACUUGCUUGACUGGAUUGUGCCAAGUGUAAAGUUU